AUGAGCAACCCUCAGCCUUUGGAGGAGGAGGCAUACGACAUGUCAGGAGCCCGCUUAGCCCUGACACUGUGCGUCACCAAAGCCCGGGAAGGUUCCGAGGCAGACCUAGAUGCCCUAGAACGCAUGUUCCAGCAGUUGGGAUUUGAGAGCACCGUGAAGAGAAACCCCACUGCCCAGCAAUUCCAGGAAGAGCUGGAAAAUUUUCAGCAGGCCAUGGAUGCCCGGGAUGACUUCAUCAGCUGUGCCUUUGUGGUGCUCAUGGCACAUGGGCUGGAAGGUCGCCUCAAAGGGGAGGAUGAAAAGAUGGUUGAGCUGGAAAACCUUUUCGAGGUUCUGAACAACAAGAAUUGCCGGGCCCUGAGAGCCAAGCCUAAGGUGUACAUCGUGCAGGCCUGUCGAGGAGAACAUAGGGACCCCGGUGAAACAGUAAGUGGAGGCGAUAUGAUGAUGAUCAGCAAGGACAGUCCCCAAACCAUCCCAACGUAUACGGACACCCUCCACAUCUACUCCACCGUGGAGGGAUACAUCGCAUACAGACACGACAAAGAGGGCUCCUGCUUCAUCCAGACUCUGGUUGAUGUGUUCACAGAGAAGAAGGGACCCAUCCUGGAGCUUCUUACAGAGGUGACCCGGCGGAUGGCAGAAGCAGAGCUGAUUCAGGAAGGAAAACCAAGGAAAGUGAACCCCGAAAUCCAAAGCACCCUUCGGAAACGGCUCUAUCUGCAAUAG